UCAAACAUGUAUUACAGGUUUUAGAAACCACGGGGAUAAUAAUCAACGGAAAAACAACCAAAGAAAAUAUAAAAGCAAUAUGUCGUUCAUGCGAAAAAUUCCACCAGGAGCGGAGGCGACCAAUAUUUUAGUAGGGGAGGUGAACUUCCUUGACAAACCGAUAUCAGCGUUCAUCAGACUCAAUACAGGAGUCAUACUGGACAAUCUCACAGAGGUUCCUUUACCAACAAGAUUUUUGUUCAUACUCAUUGGACCGUAUUCUGCAACUGCAGGGUAUGAUGAAAUUGGACGAGCAAUGGCAACUCUCAUGUCAGACGAUGUCUUUAGCGAAGUGGCAUAUGGCGCGCAUGAAAAAGAUCAUUUAUUAAUGGGAUUGGAUGAAUUUUUGAGUGCAGUCAUUGUCCUCCCACCCGGAGAAUGGGAUCCUGCCAUACGAAUAGAACCACCAGCAAACAUUCCUUCCCAAGAAUUUCGAAAACGACCUCCUGAGGAACAUAAUGGAAUCAUUGACGAAAUAGAGGAAAUAGAGAAAUUAAGGGAGGAAACUGGUCUGGCUAGAACAGGGAUUCUCUUUGGAGGUUUGAAAAAUGAUUUGAAACGUAAAGCUCCAUGGUAUUGGUCCGACUUUAGAGACGCUUUAGCCUUGCAAUCCGUAGCUUCGUGGAUAUUUCUUUAUUUUGCUUGUCUUUCGCCAAUCAUCACUUUCGGUGGAUUACUUUCUGAAGCGACUGGACGUCAUAUGGCUGCCAUGGAAUCACUUGUAUCUGGGUGCAUCUGUGGUAUUUUUUAUGGUUUCUUCUCCGGACAACCGCUAACUAUUUUAGGAUCUACGGGUCCAGUUCUCGUAUUCGAAACCAUCGUCUACGAUUUCUGCCAUACUAUGGACUGGGACUAUCUAUCCUUCAGGUUCUGGAUUGGUACCUGGAUUGCCGUAAUUCUUCUUAUUUUGGUUGCUAUUGAUGCUAGCGCUUUCGUGUGUUAUAUAACGAGAUUCACAGAAGAAAACUUCGCGACAUUGGUUGCCUUAAUAUUCAUUUACAAGGCAUUCGAAAAUGUAAUGGCUAUAGGAAAGAAGUACCCCAUCGGCAUAUCAGGCACUGAUUGCUUGUGUUUUAUCAACGACAAUGUAUCUACUACUUUCCCGAAUACAUUUGAAAACAUCUCCCGUAGAACACAAUGCCUUGAACUCAAUGGUACUUUCUCUGAAAGAUGUCUUACAUCAAAAUCUACUUCAAAUGUAUUUCUCAUGUCGAUUCUGUUAUUUUUCGGAACAUUUAUAAUUUCCAUCAAACUCAAAGAUUUCAAGAAUGCCUCAUUUUUUUCUACAAAGAUUCGACUAUUCAUCAGUGACUUUUCUGUUUUGAUAGCAAUCCUUAUCAUGACAAUUUUGGACUUCAAUGUCAGUAUACCGACCCCAAAACUGGAAGUUCCAUAUGAAUUCAAGCCAACUUUACCGAAUAGAGGCUGGAUCGUUCCUCCUUUCAAAAAAAACCCUUACUAUGCCAUACCACUUGCAAUUGCCCCAGCACUACUUGGGACGAUCUUGAUAUUCAUGGAUCAGCAGAUUACUGUUGUGAUAGUGAACAGAAAAGAGUUCAAACUGAGGAAAGGUUGUGGAUACCAUUUGGACCUUUUUGUUCUAUCAAUACUAAUAGAAAUAUGUUCCAUCUUUGGUCUUCCUUGGUUUGUUGCCGCUACCGUGCUGUCAAUAACUCAUGUGCAUUCGUUGAAACAAGAGUCCGAGUGUACCGCCCCAGGAGAUAAACCAAAAUUUUUGGGAGUUAGAGAACAAAGAGUCACGCAUAUUAUGAUCUUUCUCACAAUCGGUUUGUCGGUGUUUCUGACACCGAUAUUAGGACACAUACCAUUGCCAGUAUUAUUUGGGGUCUUUUUAUAUAUGGGAAUAUCAUCUUUGAAAGGACUGGAAUUUUUUGAUAGGAUUUUGAUUAUGUUUAUGUCGAAUAAAUAUCAACCGGAUUAUAUGUUUCUCAGAAAGGUGCCACUCAAGAGGGUCCACCUUUUUACCAUAAUUCAACUCGCAUGUUUGAUUUCUCUGUGGGUGGUACAAUCAUUCAGUCAAAUAUCAAUUCUGUUUCCGGUCAUGUUGGUGGUGAUGAUCGUCAUCAGAAAAUUCCUCGACUGUAUUUUCACCAGACAGGAACUACAAUUAUUGGACGAUCUCAUGCCAGAAAGAUCAAAUAAGAGGAGAUUGGCAAACGAUAAUCUUCCGAUUGGAUUCUGUGCAAGAUUUUCCAGGUUGAUUUUGGGUCCAAAAUUAGUUAUUGAAAAAAAUGACACUUGCAAGCGGAUAUUGAAGGAACCGCGUAGUUGAAGGGUUUAACAAAUACACGGUCAAACACUCCUUCCCACAAUGAUCGUUAAUGACAAUUGUACUUAAUAACAUUAAAACUAUGGGCACAAUCCUAAAAUAAUAUUUAUACUUACAAAUU